CUCUCUUCAGGCAGUGCCCCUUUUAACCGCUAGGGGCAGCACCGGCCACCUAGUUCUGUGCGCAGGCGCUCUCGUACUUUCACAACCGCAAUAAGCAAAUAUGGCGGCCGCCGUCGACAGUGUAGUGAAAGUCCUGGGAGAGCAGUAUUACAGAGAUGCCAUGGAGCAGUGUCACAGCUACAACGCCCGCCUGUGUGCUGAGCGCAGCAUCCUCAUGCCUUUCCUGGACUCUCAGACCGGCGUAGCCCAGUCUAACUGUUACAUCUGGAUGGAAAAGAGACACAGGAGUGCAGGCCUUGCUCCCGGUCAGCUGUACUCGUAUCCCGCUCGUCGCUGGAGGAAGAAACGGCGUUCUCACCCCCCCGAAGACCCACGCUUGGUCUUCCCCCCUCUCAAAGCAGCAGCAGAUUUGGAGCUGGGGCUGAAGCGAGACGCCUUGGGAGCUGUGGAUGGAAGCAGCUUGGAGGCCUUACUGAAGGGGGAGCCACUCGAAAGGAGGAGCGGGGUGUCAGACCUCCGGGGCCCCGAGGACGACACAGCGACGGUGGAGCCCCCCGCUACAUCAACAGUCACUCACACCUCCUCUGGGCGCAUUCGUAAGAGAGUUCUUGACCCUGAAGACUACUUGGAUGAUCUGGAUGAUGAAGACUUUGAGGAUGAGACCCCUAAGAGACGAGGCAAAAGCAAGUCCAAGAGUCGAAGUGACAAAAACGGAAAGAAGAAAACGGAGGCUGCAGCGGCGGCGCUGGAGGAGAGGGACAAACCAUACGCCUGCGACAUCUGUGGAAAGCGCUACAAGAACCGUCCAGGCCUGAGCUACCACUAUACACACUCUCACCUGGCAGAGGAGGAGGGCGAGGACCACGAGGAGAUCGAGGCACCACCCACUCCUCGCCAGCCUGAGGAGCAGAAGACAACUAAGAAGGGUCCCAACGGUCUGGCGCUGCCCAACGAUUACUGCGACUUCUGUUUGGGAGACUCCACCCUCAACCAAAAGACCGGCCAAUCGGAAGAGUUGGUGUCGUGCUCGGACUGCGGACGAUCAGGUCACCCAACGUGUCUGCAGUUCACACCAGUCAUGAUGGCGGCAGUGAAGACCUACCGCUGGCAGUGCAUUGAGUGCAAAUGCUGCAACGUCUGUGGAACCUCAGAGAACGACGACCAGCUGCUGUUCUGCGACGACUGUGACCGAGGAUACCACAUGUACUGUUUAACUCCGCCCAUGACCGAACCGCCAGAGGGGAGCUGGAGCUGUCACCUGUGCCUGGCUCUCCUUAAGGACAAAGCCUCCAUAUACCAGCAGAACCAGAACUCUGUCUCAGAGUGACUCCUUAAAUGGAAGCCCGCACCAACAGGACCACUAUCCCCGAUCAAAAACCUUCUCAGAGAUCAUGGAGCUCCAGGAUCCAUCUAGAUGUAGCUGAGCUAGAUGACAAACAAGCUUUUCUUAUCACAAUUCUCGCGGGGACCUGGAACCAAAACACCUCAGAUCAGAACCCACUUGUUUGAAACCAAUAAGCGGUCGGUGACGUCCCUUGGUCUGUCCAACAUCAAACAUAUCAUGUGUAAACAGUAAAUUUCUGGACUGUUAGAGACCGAGUGGCGGCGGUGACCAUCCAGCGAUUUUAUGGGAGCUCCUAAACCAGAGUAGAGGUCGCCGCAGGUCAUUUUAUCAAGUUCACACUGACAUGUCGUGGACUGUUGAGACCACAGUUUUUCCUGCCAAAAGAUCUAUUUUUACUCACCAGAAGCAGCAAAAGAGACGUGUCCACGUGUAUGGUCAAAAAGUAUUACUGUUAUGUUUUCUGGAUAAUAGUGCGCUUUUGUUGUGACAUCUCUGUGUAUUGUUGUCUGAUCCUUUAUAGAACUGACUGUAUGUUUUGUAGUGAUGAGGCCUGAGAUCAUUUAAGACACAUCAAAGCUGUUCACCCCUCAAAUAUGGGCGGUGAUCAUCAAAAGCAUCACUAAUCACUUUUUUUUUUUAAAAUCAUUUUUAGGCACAAAGUAACACAAAAGCUUCAUUUAACAUGUUUUUAAUUAUUCCAAUAAUUUUUCAAAGCCUAUACUUAAAAGCUCUUGGCUUCAAACUGAAUGCAUUUUAUUUUUACAUUUUAAUUGUCUUAUUUUGAAAAGCCCAUAUUUCCAUGGGAUUCCAAGUGCAGCUCUUUUCAGUUAACUCUAAUCCCACUACAUGAGUUUUUAAAUUAAUGUUGAGCAGUAUCACGGUUUGAUGGGAAACUCCACACGUUUACAGCUGUUGCUGCUUUGAUCAUCGUCACUCGGAGGCUGAUUUGCAUGCAGAUUGCACCUGGAUGAAUGCACACAAACUCGCAUCACAAGUGUUUCUUCUGGUUUUCUUUUAUUUUGUGUUUUUAGCAUUUUGUAUUACUCAAUGUUUCAUCGUAUUGGGAGUUUUUUCUAGUAGUUUUGUAAAGUCUGUUAUAUAGCAAAUACUUCAGUAUACAGCUCCUGAUGCAUUCUCUGUACUGUAUUGACCUUUUCUAUUUUUGUUAUAACUGUAAUUUGUUCUGUUUUUUGUUAAAGGACUUUCUUUAUUGUACUAAUUUUUUAUUUUUUCAUUGUUUUAUGAAUGCCGAUUUAGCCUGACUGAAAUAAAAUCACCUUUAAUUGUG